AUGCACCUCGUGUACUCUCCAUUGGCCGCAUACUUCUCUCGUGCUAGUGAAGCAUGUGAAGUGUCAGUUUAUAUUAAUUUAUGCAAGUACUGCUAUCAUGUAGCGGAUCUCUUUGUGUACAGUGUGUUAAAAUAUUAUGACAAGAUGGGUGAUGGAAUGCUCUCAUUAUCGUGGAACAACCACAAAGCCACAUUUUGUCACAUCCUGUCAACAUUACGCGAAAAGGAGAGAUAUACAGAUGUUACUUUAGCUUGUGAAGGGAAGUUCUACCCAGUCCACAAGCUGGUAUUGUCAACAUGUAGUGAAUACUUUGAGAAGAUGUUUGAGCACACACCUUGUAAGCAUCCAGUCAUAGUUUUGAAGGACGUUAAACCUGACGAGUUAGAAGCAUUAUUAAGUUAUAUGUAUGCUGGUGUUGUCAGUGUAGCUCAGAAUGACCUGGCUAGGUUGAUCAAAGCAGCCGAGUUACUUCAAAUUAAAGGCUUAGCUGUGCCUGAUGAACCACCUUCAAGACAAGAAUGCAAAAAAUACAUCCCACGGGACGACCGAGCGAGUCCACACCCAAAAAGACGGAGACGAGAAGAUCCUUUACCGAUCGCCACAGUUCCUCCGGGGGUAGCAGUUGCGUCAGAGAGUCCUCCGUCCUCACCUCACCAUGUAGACACUGAACACAACUGGGACCAACCGACAACACACCUGGAAGAGCCAAAGGGAGACAGUUCCGACCAGAGGCUUAAUGACAGUACAGAUCAAAGGGAAGAAUUCAGUUCAACGAAACAGGAAUCGACAGCGCAUAGUCAGGACAAUGUAGAUGAGACUCUAGUCAAAGAAGAGAUGGUAGAAACCGUUGAUGACAGCCAAGGGGAUGCACAACACGAUUCUUCUAUGGAUUAUGGAACAGUCGGUGGGGUUGACGGAUCGACAGAUGAACACGGCAAAUAUAACCAAAUUGAUCCAAAACAUCCACAACCGUUACCUGAGGCUGUUGUUGAGGCAUUGGCUGGACCGUCUGGUAUGCAAGGGUGGCUAGGAACUGGUGAAAUGGGUGCAGGUUUUUCUAUAUUGGAAGGCUACAGUGAAGAUGGAAACCAGGAUGUUCAUGCAUCCUCGUCUAACCUUGGCAAUGCACAAGCACAUCAGAUG